GGAACCUUGGGGUUCUUCAAUUUCUUCACCAAAUGCUGGUUGGUCUUGUGGAAACAACAGUCUCCAAAACAAUAAGAAUCGGCCUCUUGGCAGAGGAAAUUCUAAGCAGAAACCACGGCACAUGGCUUCAGCUCCGGUUAUACCUCCGCCUCUGCCACAUGGCUGGCAGUGUGCAACAAGGUUUGGACCAUCUAGUUCUCGAUCGAAGGUAGAAGAAGACUGUCAUGUUGAGGUUGCUGAUGCGAAGGAGGAGGAGGAGGAAAUAGUCGAUGACAGCGAUGAUGAUCUCACUAGCUAUUAUGAUACUGAUGCAAGUCAAAGGGGCCACGAGACCCGAAGGAAGAACAAAUGGCUGCAGAAAUUUUUCGGAGAGAUGGAUGAUCUGACGGCCGAAGAAAUUAGUGACCCAACCGGAGAAUGGCAGUGUCCUGCAUGCCACGGUGUUCCUGGUGCCAUCCGCCGUUACAAGGGCCUGCAGCGUCUUGUGAGCCAUGCAAAGACACAGAAGAAGGCCCGACUAAAGCUUCAUGGAGAGUUUGCUUCAAUGUUGGAAGAAAACCUUGGCCGUAGAGGAGCUUCUGCCGCACCUGCCGGUAAAGUGUUUGGCAAAUGGCAGGGGCCGAAGAACAUGACGACCGAUCAUGAGAUAGUCUGGCCUCCAGCGGUGAUUGUCAUGAACACCCGACUCGAUCAUGAUGAGAACGAAAAGUGGAUUGGGAUGGGAAACCAAGAGCUCCGCGACUGUUUCAGCUCAUAUGAUGUAGUGAAGGUCCGCCAUUCCUAUGGCCCUAAUGGGCACCGUGGGAUGAGCGUUUUGAUCUUCGAAGCCACUGCGACGGGCUACUUGGAGGCCGAGCGGCUGCACAAGCAUUUUGCAGAGCAGGGAACCGAUAGGGAUGCAUGGGCACACCCUUGCCGGAGGCUGUUUUGUGCAGGUGGUAAGCGGCAGCUUUAUGGUUACUUGGCCCGGAAAGAAGACAUGGAUUCCUUCAACCGCCACCGUCAUGGUAGAUCUCGUCUGAAGUAUGAGAUGAGAUCAUAUCAGGAGAAGGUUGUGAUCCCGACGGAGCAAAUGCGUGAGGACGCUAAGCAACUCCCCAGGCUCGAGAAGAAGGUCAUGAGGCGAGAGCGACAGUACCAGACCCUCGAACAAACCCUCGAUGACAUAACCCAGCUAUUGCAUCAGGUCAUGGAAGAAAACAGCGCUGUGAAGCUUAGGGCCAAGCUCCAGCAUGAAGAACACAAAGCACAGAUGGACAACCAAGAGAGAUUUCUCAAGGAACAAAUGGACAAAAUUCACAAGAUGACUAAAGAGAAAGAGAGGAAUUUUGAGAAGCAGCUGCCGAAGGAGCGUGCAAAGGCAAAAGAUUCGGAUCAGAGGCUCAGGAACGAAGAGAUCGAAAGGUUCAUCAAUAGCCAAGUUAAAGAGGUGGAGAAAUUUGAGGCAGACAGAGAGAAGCUGAAGCAUGCACAUGAGCAGAAGAAGUUGGAACUGAAGAAGAGACGUCAAGCAGAGAAAGUCGAGCUGGCGAAGGAGUUGGAUGCUGCGCUGACAAAGUUGAUGGAGAAAUACACUCCUGCCGGUUUCCAUGCCUCCUCCACCAGUAGCUCUUAGAGGUUUUAGGAGAAGAGGAAUCGUGUACAGAAUCUUUCUUUCAUUUGGUAAAGACAUAAACAUGAGAGAGUCCAUUUGAUCUGUGUAUUACUAAA